AGGUUAGCUAACUAGCCUAUAUGAAGUCAUUUGCAUUUCGCUAUCCUGCUUGGAUAGUUCGGCAGUAGUACCCAUUUACAUUUUGGCAUAGGUGUGACGUCAAAUACCACAAGCAGGCAAAUUCAUAGCCUGUAGAAAAACUGCGCAGUAUCUUAACGUUACAUAGUUUUGAUAACGUUAGGUUACAGCAAAAAGUAACUUAAUGGCAAAGGAAAAGCAGCAGCACAUCAUUUACUGUGCAGCAGGAACUAAUUUACUACCUGUAGCAAAUAGUAGCAAACGUAACUGCUACCUGUAAACAAAACGCGGUAGAGCCGAGGUAAAUGUGGCAUUGAAAUUGACCGUCAUGAAAGUUUACGGUGCAACAAUUUACAAUGGAUAUCGCUACACAUAACCUAUUUGUCGAUAGCUCAUGCAUAUGACAUGCAGAUCUAAAACCUAAUGCAUUAUGAAGGGCGCUCCUCCUUGGCAAUGCUUUGGGAGGAAUUGUUUUGACUUUAAUUCAAAUAUUUUUCAGUAACUUCUCAGCAAUAUGACAUGCACGUCUGAAUGAAACUGCAUUAUAAAAGAUAGCCUAUAGCUUCUUGAUUAUAUUACAGCAAUUUGUUUUUGUAAACAGUGUGGAUUAAAAAAAAAAUAUUUUUUUAUAACUAAUUAUCAACAGCUUUCCAUCCACAUGAGAUACAGACGUAAAACCAAGUGCAUUAUAAAGGCUGGCUCGUCGCUAGAGGCUCUGGCUAUCAGGCCAAAGGGGGGCCUUUUGGUUGAGCAGCAGUUGGCACUGAAGAACAAGCUGGACGAGGUUCUCCGCUGUGUGGCCUGCCUGCGGGCUGAGGUCGGCUCUCUUCGGGGUGAUCUACAGGACGUCGCUGCACAUAUUGUCCAGGACGUCAAGAAAGGCCUGGAGGAGAGCCAGAAGGUGGCACGGCGACGGAGACCCCCGCCACGUGAGCGCGCCGACUCGGCGAGCUCCAGCUCCGUCUACUUCACCGCCCGCAGUCGCUGCGACGAGGAGAGCGAGGGCGGGUACACCACAGCCAACGGGGAGUCCGACUACUACGGCGAGGCAGUAGAGGAGGUGAAGAAGGAUACGGAGGACGAGGAAGACGAGGAUGGGAGCCACGUCACGGAGUGCACGCUGAGGCGGGACUCCAGCGGUGCGGAGACGGAGGAGGAGGAGUUCUCGGACGCCGAGUCGCCAGGCGAUGCUGAGGCCCCGCUUCCAUCCCGGAGCAGUGCCGUGCCCUCGGGCGGGCCCCAGGAUGAAGGGCAGGGGCCCCAGGAUGAAGAGCAGCGGCCCCAGCCAUGCUGCCCCAACCCGGGCGUGGAUGUAGACAGCACCAGCCCAGAAGCACUGAAGGCAGCGAAGGAUGGGAAAGGAGCUCUCGUUUCUUGAGGGAAACAAUAGAGCCACGCACAGGCCCGGGCAGAGAGUUUCCACUCGUCGCUCAGCAAGAACAGUCCCCGCCCCCUGCAUGCCUUGUUCUGCUGCACCCCAGUGGAAACUGUAGGAAUGACUUGUUUGGGACCAGUCUGACUUCUGUCUGGAAUGUGCGCCAGUUGACGGGGGAGAGAGUCCUUAUUUGCAGCCUGUUCACUGUGUCUGACGUGCGCCACGAUUUUCCUGACCUCUUUCUUAUUUCCGGGCAUAAUAUGAAAAUUGCACCACGCUUGAGCCUGUUUUCAUUAAGAAGCUGAGCAAAGCAUUUUUUGGUGCCAUUUUAAAAUCUACAUUUCUUAAUUCUCCAUAUGAAGUUGCAUAUGGAAAGAAAGGUGAAUGAAAGGGACAGAUUCAGUCUAACCACAGAUUGUAAUUGAAUAUUUUUAUAUUCUCUUACUUUAAGCAGUUGGUAUUUUUAUGGUGUGCAUUAUUGGUAAGGCUCACCAACAUGUCUUAAGGCACCUACUUGUUAGAUUGAGUCUGGGUCAAUCUCAUAAUUGAAUGACUUCCACUGCACUUUUUAGGGCGAGCAAACCAAAAAAAAAAAACAUUACAAUUCCGCAGUUGUUGGCAUUCCACAUCCGUGCUUUCAAAUGAAUUUCAGGGUUUUCUGCCAUUUGUUUUCACAAUGCACUUUGUUUUGCACUACUAAUUAAAGUAGCAUGUUUUGUUGGCCUGUAAAAUAUAUAUUUUGUUCUUGACCAAAUUUUAGCUUGAACUUUAGCUUUACAGUACCUGCAGUUUUGCGAAAUGGGCAGCUAUAUUCUCAUUUUAUUUCUGUUGUAUGGUUUCAGUAGCAUAAUAAAUUUGAUGCCCUGAUAGACUUUACUUUUGAAGACAAAUCCAGUAAUUUGAUUACCUUGUGCUUACUGACCAAAGCUAUGCCUUAUUUUGUGUAUUAAAAUAUUUAAAAAUGACACAUUGAAUCAAUUGUGAUAUAUUAUUGGAGAUAUCCCCUUUCACUGUUCUAGGUCCCGGAGAAUGGAUGUGCACUGUUUUCUUGCAUUAAAUGCUGUUAUGCAA